ACUACAAACAGAGGCGGCGACAGGACAACAUAGCAGAACUCUCUUCAGGUCUACCUGAACGGCAACAAGUCCUCCGGCUCUGACAGAACCUCGUUUGGAUCACGAGUGGAUCACGAUCCUCAGAGACAAACCGUUUCUGACAUGCACUUUGAUAAAUAUCCUCUCCAGUUCUCUCAGGUUGGAUGGGGAACGUUGGUGGUCAGACAUUUUUAGGUCUCUCCAGAGAUUCAAUUCAAGUUUAUUUCUAUAGCGCCAAAUCACAACAAGAGUCGUCUCAAGGCACUUCACAUGCACCUAAAGAGAAGCCGUGCUGCACUCUGCCCACAGUGAAGAAACUCUUGGAGCAGAAGAGAAGGCGUGAGACAUCAGCUGUGCCGGCCCCCUGCUCCACCUCCAGCACCAGUCCUGCUCCUCCAACCACAGUCUCAGAGCCCUCUCCAUCAGAGUCCUUUACCUGCACAGGUGCAGCAGUAAGUUACUCAGACAUGGCAGUGAGUUAUGAACACUGGGUCCCUGAAUCUACACACGGUUUCUACGCCGGCACUCAAGGAACGAGCUACGCUGAAGACUUCAGCCUCCCACUGACGUCUGAAUACAACACACAGCAGCAGCCAGUUUAUGACAGAAUGCCUCGGCCGUAUGACUGCUCCUUGGCUGUCACAGACCCCAGUAUGGUUUCACCCUGGUCCCUUCUCAGCCCCAGUCAGUCCACACAGCUCAGCUUUGGUCCGAACAUGGAUGCUGGGAAGCUGGAGGAGGCCCGGAUGCUGCUCAAAGGGAUGGACUACAGCAGGGCCAUCUGUCAGGAUGAAGAUGGAGACACCAUCCUACACAUCUACACCGCCAAAGGCCUCAGGGAGUGUGCGUACGCUGCUGCAGAGAAGCUGAGGGAUGUUGGCGAGCUCGAUGCCAGAGAGCACAAGGGAAAGACGGCUUUGUUGGUGGCAGUGACGGCGAACCAGCCCGAGAUCGUCCAGGACCUGCUGUCGCUGGGGGCCGACAUCAACGCCUGUGAUUUUAAAGGACAGACUGCUCUUCACGUGGCUGCUCACUAUGGAUUCCCAGGUGUUCUGCAGGCAGUUCUGUCUGGCAGGUCCAUCAACUUGGAGGCCCGCAACUUUGAAGGGAUGACUCCUCUCCAUUGUGCAGCCAUCUCCCACAGCAUCAGCGUGAAAGCUCUGUCUGCCUCCAGGCCGGCAGAUGUUCACCUCCAGGCCAAAGCUGCUGAGAAGCUGUCGUGCGUACAGAUGCUGCUCAGCUCAGGAGCGUCUCCCAGCAGCCAGGAAAUCAAAAGCAACAAGACCGUGCUGCAUUUGGCCGUCAAGGAGGGGAACAUCGACUUGGUGCGUUACCUGCUACGCGUUCCCCUGCCCAACAUGAAAGACUUUGUCAACAUGAAAGCUCACGGUCACACAGCGCUGCACAUGGCCGCCGGUCUCCAUGGUAACCCCCACCAGGAGGAGAUCCUGCAGCUCCUCCUGAGCAAAGGAGCCGAUCCCAGCAUCCGCAACCUGGAGAACGACCAGCCGGCUCACCUGCUGCAGAGCGGUCUGCAGGGAGAGCAGCUCAAGCUUAUGUUGAAGAAACGAAGCGCUUCUUCACGUCGACGAAUUCUGUCCUUGCAGGACCAGGAAUGAUUUCAGACCACUUGUAAUCCUCGUUAGGAAGGAAAGAGUCUAAGGCGAUUCCUCUGUUAGGAGGACAGAUGUCUUAUUAGGAGACACUGGGAGUCUGGCCUACGUGUGGACAGUAAAACUGCUUCAGCCUUCAUUCGGUUUACAUUUGAAACAAACCCAGACUUGAUUUAAUGUUCAGUGCUAUAUUUAUUUUUCUAAACAUUUUUUCUCUCCGUUUUAGCUAAAUAAACCUAAAAAUAUAAAAAAAAGUGUUUGAAACGACAAUUUCAAACAUCUAAUUAGAAACUUUUAUGGAGUUUAUUUAUGUUGUGAAGAAAUGAAGGCAAGUUUUCCUUUUCCCAGCAGGCUAACCUCCCAGUUAAUGGUUGAUUUCUAUGAAAUCGUUUGAAUCUGCCUGAAAGUCCUCGGUGGUAUCAUAGUGAUACUCUGGUGUUCCAUCAGCACGCGUCUUUUAAACAUGUUUAAAUGUUCAUCUGUACGCGUCAUACGUGUGUGUGUGUGUUUGACAUCAGGUGCAAUUCUCUUUGUGGGGGAAAAAGAAGCUUUACUAUGUAAAACUUCAGGUUUUUUAUUAUGACAAAGAUGUCGUUUGUCAUCAGCCAGAUUCUGAUUCACUGUGCAUUUCACCGAUGAGUCACGAGUAAAAGUACAUCAACACUGUUCCGUCAGACGCUUUUGAACAGUCCCAGCUACGUUUGGUGAGACAGGUGGAAAACACACCGCCCCACCUGAACGCCUGUCUGGCUGUUCACACUCGCCAUGAAGGAGCGUUCACGUUUCAGACCCGUGUGUUCACCCACUUCUUCCUGACUCGACCACGAAGCUUCCUCCGAAA